CACUUUCCCCCCCUCUCUCUCCUUUAUAAAUCCCACCCCUCCACUCUCACACACUUGGAGAUCCUCUUUUUAACCUUUCGAUCUCUCUCGGUUUCAUACUUAUUUUCAUCUUCUCUUCAAUCAAACACAAGUGGAGGAGGAAGAGUGGACCUCUGCUUUCUUGAUUUAGAUUUUAGCUGAUCUCAUGGAAGAGCAACUGCAACCUUUGGUGAAAUUCGCAGAGCACGUCGUCACCACCAACAAGCUCAUCAACAAUCACCCGAGAGCCGCCGCCAAACUCCGCCGCAGAGUCGUCAGAUUCGUCCUCGUCGACGCCGACGCCACUGACUCCUCCGGCGACGAAUCCGACUCCCACGUCCACACAGUCCGCCGCCACGUCGAGGAGAUCACCUUCAACGCGCCGGCGCCGGCGCACCGCCAGAGCAAGAAGCGGAGGAGGAUCCCCGACGCGCCUCGCCGCGGGAACUUCCGCGGCGUGAGGCAGCGGCCGUGGGGGAGAUGGGCCGCCGAGAUCCGCGACCCUGCCCAGGGAAAACGGGUCUGGCUGGGGACCUACGACACGCCGGAGGAAGCCGCCACCGUCUACGACAGGGCCGCGGUCAGGCUGAAGGGCGCCGCCGCCGUGAUCAAUUUCCCUGAGCCGCCGCAUGCUCUAACGGAGUCCUUGACGGAGAGUGACGGCGUUUCCUCGGGGAAGGACGCCGCUCUUUCCCCGACGUCUGUGCUCCGUUGCGAGGAUUUCACGGCGUUUGAUGGGCUCGGCGCGGACUGCGGGUUUGACCUGGACUGGGCGUUGAGUUUGCCGGCGAUAGGGAUGCCGGGGAAAUUUACGGCGGAGGAAUUCGGCGAGUUUGACUUUGAUGACUUCAUUAAUGAGCUAAGGUGACGUCAGCGUGUCGGGGGAUUGGUUGGCGCGCGCGAGCAAGUUGUCGGGAACGCUCGUGGACUUUUCAAUGCUGAGUGUGUACUGUAUUUAUUAGUAGCCGUACACGUAUUAUUAUACACGGCGAUUUUGUGCGAGGACAUUUUUGGGGUUUUAGAUUUCUAUUUAAGUGUAGAAUUUAUGGUGGAGAAUUUGUGAUACUCCUAUUGUUUAUUGUAAAUAAAAUUAUGGGUAGCAUAUCAAAAUUUGAACAAGUAAAAAAAAGUUUGUACCUAAA